UCAGAGUCACAUGAUGAAACAGGAAGAAAGGCGAUCGGUUCCGGACCGAACCAGCUGCUGAUUGAAACCGAGUCCGAACCUGGAUUUUACUUUGAAAGAAUCAGCGCGAGGGAAGUAUGGAGGAUGAUGAACUUCCGCCAGAGGAUGGGCUGGGUGGGCGUGGCUCUCUUCCUGCUGCUCAGCAUCAUGGCCGCCUACUUGGUGUUUGAGGUGGUCAGUCUGGAGCGCGUGCAGAGCGACGGCUCGUUGGUGCUGCCCCCUGCCGUUUCCGCCCACCUGCCGCCACUUCCUGUGUGGGCGUGGGCCUCCGUCUUCCUGGUGCCGUACCUGCAGCUCUUCCUCUUCCUGUUUUCGUGCACCAGGGCGGAUCCCCGCGCCGUCGGCUACUGCGUGCUUCCUGUCUGCAUCUUCCUGCUGUGCAGUCGCCGUGGCGCGCCCAAACCAGCCAAUCACAGAGCCGGAUUGCUCAUUCACAUGUAGAGACAGAUGGACGUGUGAUGUCACUUCCUGUUCCAGUAAACAAACAUAGCAUCUUCACCGCCCUCAGCACAGACUGUCAGUCCCUGCUGAAAAAUCAGAGAGCAGCAAUUUCUGUUUGUUUUUUCUGUAUUUAAUGACGUGACGCACUGGUUACCAUGGCAACUUUAAUAUGACAUUAAUAAAACAAAACAUGACAUUUCA